AUACCCAUAUAACCCCGUCACUUUUAUCAAAAAAGUCAAAAUACUUGUUUCUCGCCGCAUGUUUAUUCCCAAAUAUCUAAUUAACUACAGUACAAUUCACAAUGGACUAUAAAGAAGAACAAACGAAUGAAAUAGAAGCAUUAGAAUCAAUUUAUUACGGUGAUGUUACAAUAUUAACAUCAGAGCCUCACCACAAGUUUUCGAUACCAAUCAAAUCCGAAGAGUAUGAUGCAGACACAGAAGAAGGACUCACAUGUAAUUUAGUCUUUACCUACACUAGCAAGUAUCCAGAUGAAGCACCUCACAUGGAAAUUGAGGACACUGUUAACUUUGAAGAUGAUUUCGAACAGGAACUGUUAUUGCAUUUACAAGAACAGGUUACUGAAAACUUAGGUAUGGUAAUGAUUUUCACAUUGGUGUCAUCAGCACAAGAAUGGUUGAAUGUCAAAUGGGAUGAACACAAAAAAAUGGUUGAAGAAGCCGCGAUUAAGAAGCAGAAAGAAGAUGAAGCUGCUGAAAUGAAACGUUUUGAAGGCACUAAAGUAACAGUUGAAAGUUUUAUGAAGUGGAAGAUACAAUUUGAAGAUGAAAUGGGUAUUGCUAAAAAACGCGAAGCAAUUGAACGAGAUGGUAAGAAGUUAACAGGAAGGGAAUUAUUCAUGCAAGAUCAAACACUCAAUGAAUCUGAUCUCAAGUUCUUAGAUGAAGGUGAUGCAGUAAAAGUGGAUGAAUCACUUUUCCAAGACCUGGAGGACCUAGAUAUUGAUGAUGAUGAUGAGGAUGAUAAAGAUUACGAUCCAAAUGAUUGUGACAGUGAUGCGAGUUGAAAACUGCUUGAUUAAAAUAUUCGUUGCUUUUUUAUCAUUAA